AACCAGCUGAGCAGCACAGGACCACACACAGUCUCACUGAGUCAGUAGACAUGGAGGAUGGGAAGCCUGAUCUGCUGCUAGUCAAAGAGGAGACCAUAGAAGAUGGACGAACGAGCAUUGACCUUCUGAGUGGACUAAAGAUGGGGGAGCAAGGUGGUUGGCUGGAGGCUAACAGAGGAGACUGGGUGGCCAUCUUGGAUUCCCAGACCCAGACCGGUGCAGCCAAUGUCCCAGGUGACGACAUCACUGAGCAGGCCAGGACCAGAGGUGACAUAGUGGAGGUAGAAAAUGCUGUGAGACAGGGGAAAACCGGGCGUGCCUGCACAGACGGACAAAACCAGUGGAAUGCUGGGUCUAAAAGAAAUGCUGGUCAGAGGAAGAUGAAGUAUGUCCGCUUCAAACGACACAACAGGAAGGAUCUCUACCAGCCGCCACCAACUUCACCGCCAUCCUCUACCACUUCAGAACCGGCACAGGAGGUGACACUCUUUAGGACUCAUGAAGAGUGGAGGAAGAACGCACUUGCCUCACCAAUGGCAGCACUUUUCAAUUGCCCUGGGAAUAGCCUCCUGCAGCUCUGCUUUAAUGCUAAUACCUCCUCCAUCACCGAGCCAACACCAUGUCCACACCUCCAUCUCCUAAACCAUGAAGAGCACCACACACCACUGGCUUGUGUAAAAUGCAGAACCUUCUAUGAUGAAUACAUUAACAUGUCCACAGCCCAGCUUGAGGAGAUUGAGAAGGCUACAAAAGCACAGAGCAAAGAACAGGUCUGGCAUGAUGCGCGGAGAGUGCGCAUCACAGCGUGCACAGCUAGAAAGGUGCCCAUUCGCUCAACCACUGCGCCUGACAAGUUUUUGUCAGAACACUUACACCCAUCCUGUUGUGGCAAUGCCGCAACCCGUCAAGGAGCGGAGGGGGAGGAACUUGCAAGGGACUAUUUGGAAACUCUGGGCAACAGCAUUGAAACCAAAGGCUUAGUGGUGUGCGAAAAGGAACCGUGGCUUGCAGCAUCUCCCGAUGGAGUGAUAAACAACGACAUUCUGUUGGAGAUCAAAUCACCUGUGAUGGGAAACAAGUCACUUGCAGAAUUUUUGGCAACAAAGAACUGCGAAAUCACAACUGUAGCAAACGGAGAUAGGGUAGAUUACCAUAUUGCCUGCAAUGGUCCAAAAGGCUACUACAUGCAGGUACAAAUUGGGAUGCACUGCACAGGGCUUCAGCACUCCCAAGUUGGUGAUCUGGAACAAAACUGAGCACCUAGAAAUCGAAGUACCCUACGACCAAGGCUUUGUCCAGGGGCAUAUCAUAAGGCUGCACACAUUCUACUUUGCCCACAUGCUCCCGAACAUUGUUGAUGAUUUUGUUGAGGGAAGGUUACAGUUCUGCAGUAAAUAUCUCAGCAUUUUAAAACCAAAAUAAACUGCCUUAUUUAGGUCAUGCCCACAGGAGCCAACAGAUGUCCAUUGUUUACAUGAU